UGACUGGAUUUGUAAUUAUAAUUUAUGUCAAUUAAAAGAUACAAAUUUUGUACCUAUAUAAAAGCCUACCUUGUUAUUUUUAUAACAAUAUAGCAAAUAAACAAAAGGAAAUUCCACUAUGGAAUUAGUGAAAUUCGCGGUCGUGAAUUGAGAUUUUUGUUAGUAUAUUUAUAAUGAAAAUGGAAAUAACUUAUUAUUUUUUAGAUUAUAAUUCAUAAUCUUUGGUGGUCAUAUCUUUAAUUCUUUUACGGAUUAAUAGGUUUAUGGACUGCGUCACUGCGAUCAAUGACUGUUGGGUUUAAGAUUGAUUUUAUAGUUUAAUAAUUAGUGGUUAGUCUUAAUUAUUCAAAAGUUAUAUAAUUAUUACCUAUCUUUAUAAACAACGGAAGAUUUAUAAUUAUAAACAGUUAUGUUCUUUCUAUAUUCUAUAUGAUAGUGUUCACUGAAUUCACCGCGACACUGCCAUGCACUGACUAAGAUAAAAUAAAAUCCACACCAUUAGUAUUAUAGAUGUGCACAAAUCUAACAACACAUUAAUUAAAGAAAUGGAAGAUAAAAAACAUAAUCAAUUGGAAAGUGAUGAAUUAAAUGAAUUUAAAUACAAGUAUGCAGAAGAAAAACAGAAAAAUGAAGAAUUAAAUGUACAUUUACUACGUUUGCAAAAUAAUAUGAUCUCAUCAACUGUGGGGCUUAACAAAGAUCAACCAUCAAAUAAAAAAGGUGAUCAACAAAGACGAAUUUGGAGUGGAAAAUUCGAUAAUACAUUUUCUUCUAAUAAUAUUCUUGAAACUAUUGAAGAAAAUGAUAAUACACAUCAACCAAAUGAAUCAUUAGCUAACUUUGGAUGCCUAAAUGAAGAAUUUAAAACACCAUUAGAAUCUUUUGAAUGGAAUUUUGAAAGAGAAAAAGAUCCCACUGCAAUUAUUGAAUUCACAAACAACGAAAAUACUGAACAUAAUUUAUCUUUACCUUCCAAAAUUCCACUCAGUGUUUGUGAAACUCCUAAAAAAGUUUUAAGAGAGCGUGUAAAUAAUUACAAGCAUUUGUUUGAAAUUAGUAUAAAGGAAAACAAUGAGUUAAGAGAAUUCACUACUCUUGAAAAACAAAUGUUUUAUGAUAAUAAUGAACAGUUAAAAGAUUUAAGUAAUUUGAGAAAGCAAGUUGACAUUCUUCAAACUGAAAAAAACGAAUCUGAAAAAAUUAUUGAAAAACAAAAAAUUAAUUUUGAGAAACGAGAAAAUGAAUUUUUAGCUAUAAUUCAGGAAAUGAAGGAAGAGUUAAAAUCUAAAGAAGAUCAAACUAACAAAUCUAUAUUAGGUGAUAACUUUAUCGCAGAAAAGCAAGAAGAAAUUAAAAGACUUGAAUUGAAAAUUAAAGAAAUGUAUCAAUUGAAUGAUACAUAUAUUAAUGAAAUAGACAAUUUGAAAUUACAAUUGUCAAAUAAAGACAAACAACUAAAUGAAGAAUUGUCUAAACAAUGUUCACUUUUUAAUGAAUUAUCUCUUCUUCAAAAUUAUGUAGCAGAAGUUAAAUCAGUUCCUUGCGCUAUUCAAUUUUUAACUGAUGAAGGCUAUUUCAGUCUUAAAAAAUGUAAAAUAUUGGGACUGGUUCAACUAUUAGAACACAUUCAUAAUACAGUAGAACAAUUACAACAACAAAAUCAAAACUUAAUAGAUGAAAAUAAUAAUUUUAAAUUAAUAACAAAUGAUUUUAAUAUUCAAAUGAAUAGCACAAAAAAAGAAAAUAAUGAAUUAAGAUUAAAAUUAAAUGCAAUUGAAGAAAAAAUUAUGUUUACUGUCAAAGAUUUCAAUGGCAGUUCUGAGAUAAAUAUUGAUAAUUCUGAUAUGAAUAGUUUAAUUGAUUUUGCUAUAAAACAUUUUGAAGAAAACUCAAACAAGAUUGGUAUACUGUCCAACAAGAACUUAAUUUUAAAGGAAAAAUUAUCCUUAUCAAAUAUAAAACUCGGUGAAAUAAUAUCAUUUGUAUUUAAUAAUAUUGAUAAUAUUCUUCAAAAUAUUUCCACGUUUGAAGUUAAAUCUAGUACAGAAAUGGAGAAAUUCAAAAAGGAAUUCUCUAAAACUAUAGAAGAAAACACAUUUUUGAAAUCAAGUAUUGAAGCAUUCAAUAUAUUAACAUUUGAAUGUGUUGAUAUGAUUGAAACAGUACAGAUAAAUCAAUUAAAAAUUAAAAAUCUCCAAGAAGAACUUAAUGCCUGUAAUGACACUAAAAAUGAAUUAAAACUACAAAUUGAAAAACUAAAUUCAUUGAACAAAAAUCUUAAUACAUUUAUUGAAAAUCAUAUUAAAAUUGAAAAACUCAAAGAUGAAUUGGAUGAUACUAAAUUUGAACUAUCUUUAAAAAAUAAAGAAUUGGAAAAAAGAAGAAUUGCAAGCAAUUUUGAGAAUGAAAAUGAACUUCGUAAUGAAUUAAUAAUAAAAACUAAAGAGUUAGAAAUUGCAAUUUCACAAGUUAAUAUUUUACAAUUAACAAUUGAAGAAAUAAAAACAAAAACUUACUAUAAUGAUACUAUUAAUGAAAAACUAAAUAAUGCACUUGAUAUUAUUAAAUUUGAAUUAGGAGAAAAAUCUAAACUUGUGAAUGAAUUAAAAAAUAACAAAUCAGAAGCAAAAAUUUGUAAUUAUUUAGAAGCAAUUCAUGAACUAAACAAUGUUAUUACAAAACUUAAAACUAAAUUAGAAAACAAGUUAAUCAAUGAAAAAGCUUUGAAUAAUGAAUUAAAGAUUGUUUUGGUAGAAAUGGAUAAUGCUAUUAUUAAAAUUGAUGAGUUAAAAUCAGUAAUCGACGUUUUUAAUACAAAGGAUGAAUCCAAUAUUACUACCAUGGAACAGUUUAAAUAUGAACUCCAAUGUGUUAAAUCUACACUUGAUGAAUUAAAUGAAUUAAUUAGACAAUUAGAAAAUAUUAAUUUAGAACAUUUAACUAAAUUUAAGAAUUCUGAUCAUUUAAAUAAAAUCAUCACUGAACUUAAAAUAAAUCUGGAAAACAAAAUUAAUGUUGAAAAUGAAAUACAAAAUAAUGUUAUAGAUAAAACUAUUGAAUUAAAGUAUGCUAUAGUUCAAGAAAAUGAAGUUCAGACUGUAAUAGAAAGUAUGGAAAAUGAAAUAAAAUCAAAUGUUGUUUUAAUCGAUCAAUUAAAAUCUGAAUUAUCUACAAAAUCAGAUUUAUUAACCGAAUUAGAAAAUGUAAAUAUCGAAUUAAUUUCAACUAUGGUAAACAAUAUGAAAGAUAAAGGUCAAUACAGUAUAAAGAUUCAACAUCAGUUACAACUGGUUAUCAAAGAAAAAUCAUUACUUCUAAAAGAUUUGAAUCUAAUAAACCAAAAGUUUUUUUUUAUCGCGAAAUAUCAUGAAGAAAUUAAAAAAAAUUUAGAAGAUGAAGUACAACUACAUUUAUUGAAUUACCAUAAUUUAUACACAGAAUUUAUUAAUUUGUCUUGUGAUAUUGAAUCAUUAUUAAAACAUCAAACCAUUACAGUAUCUAAUUUGACCGAAGAAAUUCAAAUUAAAUCUAUUGAAAUUGAAAACUUGGAAAAACAAUUACUUGAGUCCAGUUUACAGCAAAAAUAUGACAGGCUGGAAGAAAAAUUUAUUUUAAAAUCUCGUGAAUGUGAUGAAGCUCAAGAUAAAAUAAUACAUCUGAAAUCAAUAUUAUCAGAAAAUGAAGAGUAUAAAAAAGUUCUUAGAAAUGAUUCAUUUCAUAUCAGGGUUAAUGAUUUUAAAGACAAUGUUUUAGUGGAUUUAAAUGAAAAAAUUGUUUUAAUGAAAUCAGAAUUGGACAAAAAAACUGGUUAUGAAAAAAUACUUCUAAAAGAAAAAGAAAUUCUUGAAUGUAACUUAAACAUACUUCAAAAAAAAUUUAUUGAUGUCACUAAAGAAAUGGAACUUAGAGGAAAAAAAUGUGAAGAUUUGACUUCAAUUAUUAAUGUUUUAACAAUUGAAAUAAAGGAUGCAAAUUCAGUUAAACAAAAUCUAAAGUCUUGUUUGAAUGAAGCUGAACAUGAAUUACUUAAGUCUGGAGACCUCUGUGAAAACCUUAAAUUAGAAUUAUAUAGCGUUCAAAGAGAAUUAGAAAAUGCUUGCAUUAAAACUGAAGGUAUAGAAAAGGAAUUACAGAAUAUUGAAUUCAAAUUUAAUGAUAAAAUUAAUAAAAAAUACUUGGAUGGUUGUGAUGUUAGAAAUCAAUUAAUUGAUCCACUUGUUGAUUAUGUACAUGAUAUUAAAUUGAAACUAACUGAACUCAAUUCUGCAAUGAUAUCAGGAAACCAAAGUGAAAAAAGAUUUAGAACAAAAGUUAUGUUAGUCGAUGAUGAUAUUUUAUCACAUGACGAGACAUGGAAAAUAAACUGCAACUCUCAAUUUGAAUCUCCUAAUGGUAGAAUUGGUUUAGAAAUUGAUAAUUUACAUAAGAUUUUAAAAGAAAAAAAUAUUUUGAUAAAUACUCUCCAAACAGCUAAAAAUGAAAUAGAAAAAAAAAAUUAUGAACUUCAAUGCCAAAUGAGAAAACAAUCUGAUGAAAACAAUAAAUAUGUUAAUGAUGUACAAUUUAUAAAAAAUGAUCUAAAAGAAAAAAUAUUGUUGGUGAGCAAUUUAAAUAAUGAGUUAAAUCAAGUUCAACUGUUGAAUACUAAAUUAAAGGUACAAAAUAUUAAUGAACUUCAAGAAUAUAUUAUGAAACUAUCAGAUGAAAAUGAAAAAUUAAUUAAUAAUUUAACAUUAACAGAAAACAAUCUAAAAGAUAAAACAUUGUUAAUAUGCGAUUUAAAGGAUGAAAUAAACAAACUCAAAAUAGAAUAUACUAAACUUGAAGAACAUAAUCAGGAAAUUAAAAGAGAAAUUGAUAAUAGUUAUGAUAUUAAUUUAGAGUUAAGGAAUGGUAAAAAGAAUAUUAUAAAUGAAAUUAAUCUUCUUGAACCUGGAAAAAUUACAGGAGUUCCAAUUGAUCAUGAUUUGUCUAAUUUAUUGGACAUGUUUGUAAACCUUAUAAUUAUUAAAGAACAACAAAUAAUAUCUGACUUAGUUAGCAAUCACAAUAAAACCAAGCAACUAUAUGAAGAUAAAAUCAAACAGAUGCAAGAAGACAUAAAAAAAGGAAAAGAAUGGCGAGAACAGGUUGAAAAUGAUAAUGAAAAACUCAGCCUUGAACUUGAAAAUUUCAAAAUUCAAAAAAACAACUUCUCUAUAAGUGAAUUAAAGAUAAAAGAAUUGACUGAAAAAGUUUUAGAAGCAGAGAAUCUAUCUUUUAAUUAUUUAAGUGAGUUAGAAGAAAUAAAGACUCAAUUGGGUAAAACGAGUGAACAAAAUUAUCAAUCAUUGUUACAUGAAUUUGAAGAGUUUAAAAUUAAUUCAGAGCAGUCUAUACAAGAUUUGAAAAAUAAACUUGAAAAUCAAACCAAACAAUAUAACAAAUCGUUAAUACUAUGCGAAGUUCAAAAAAGUAGUUUUUCAAGUCUAGAAGAUCAAAUAAAUAAGAUUCAAUCGGAAUGUGCUUAUCUAAAAUCUAUUAUUGAAAAGAAAGAUGAAGAUAUUAAACACUUACUUGUAGAAUUUAAAUUGAAGACAAAUGAGUAUGAAAUAAUGAUCGAAAAAUAUAAUUUAGAAAAGGAAGAAAUGAGAAAUCUUUAUGAAAAGACAAUUAAUGAUCUACAGCUCGAUAUAAGUAAUGUGAAACAUAAGAUGUAUUGUACAGAAAAGUUGCUAAAGGAUGUUAAUAAAAAUAAUGAAAAAGAUCAAAUUAAAUUUAAAAUUAAUGAUCAAGAUUUAAUUGAAGUAAAUAAUAUAACUGAAAAAUUAAAAACAAUACUCAAGUGUAAUGGUACAUUGCCAACAAUCUAUGAAAAUAUUUGUUUAUUAAUGACUAAAUAUGAACAUUUAGAAGGAGAGAUUAAAGAAUUGAAACAUGCUAAUGUCAAUUUAGACAAUGAAUGUGAUUCUAUGUUGGAAGAGAUAAAUAAUAAAGAUAAAAAGAUAACUGAGCUUUUGACUCAAGUAGAUAUAUUAAAGAAAAAUGUUGAAUUGUUAACAGAAGAAAGAGAUUUAUUGAAAAAUAAAUGUAAACAGUAUAAAAACGUCAAUAAUGAUAUUAAAAAAUUAAAUGAUGAAAUAUGUAGUUACGAGCAAAACAUUUAUGAACUAAGAAAAGAUAAAGGGCAGCUAAUUAUACAACACAAUAAGGAAGUAAAGCAACUCAAAAAUGAACUACAAGAAGUUCAAACUAAAAACUUGGAAAUGUUUAAUGAGUACAGUACAUUAUCAGAAACUGCUAGAAAUUUGGAAAAAACAUUGAAAGAAGACAUUCAACAUUUAAAUAAAUGUAUUGUGGAUAAAAAUACGAAAAUAUCCACAUUAGAACUGUUUUUUAAAACAUACUCCAAUGAUCUCAAAAAGAAGUACCAUGAAUUGGAAAUUGUUUUUAAAAGAGCAAAAGAUGAAAAUCAUAUGUUGCGUAGAGAAUUACAUCGAUUGAAUGAAAUUAAAAAAGCAAGUUCAGCUGAUAAAUGUAUUCAGACCAUUGAAGAUCAAAUCUUAGUUGAUCAAAAAUGUAUGAUUGAUAAAAUAGCCAAAUUUGAGAAUGACAGUAAAAUGAUGAAAAUGAUGUUACAUCAUCGUAAAUCUAAAAUCGAAGAACUCGAGAAGCAACUCAAUGAAAAACAUUGUAGAAUUUAAUAUUAUAAAUCACUAGCUUCAACUCAAUAGUUAAAUAUUUUUUAUUUGUAUUUAUUAAUUUUUAUAAAGUAUGAAAAGUUUUCAAUAUGUAUUUCAUUUUGGUAUAAAAAUUGAAUUUUGACCUAUUGAAUUAUAUUUUUAUAAUAAAUCUACAUCUUUAAGCCAAUUAAGCUUUUAGUGAUGUAUUAUAUAUGUAAAGUUUAUAUUGUAUUUACACAAAAAUUAUAAUGAUUUUUUUAUA